AUGGCGCGCAUAAAAGAAGUCCGCUCAGACGACACGUCCAAGGCCACCUCCACCUCCUCGUCGACGUCGACCAAGCACCGCUCACAGAGCCCCGAGUCGUCCUCGGACAGACCCCUAGGCCCCCUCGCUGUCUCCAUACCAGCCUCUGAACGCGAACAAGUCAAAGUGAACAAUGCAAACCUGACUGAACUCAAAAAUGCCUGCGAUGACGCUGUGAAACGUUUCCUCGCACGGCCAGAACUCUUCAAACAAAUACACCUACACACCGAUGUCCGACUAGCGCUGGGAUGGCUGAGCGUGUUCGUGGCUGCAGGCACGGCGUUCUACGGGUACAAGGUCGAUUUCGAGACGUCCAAGCCUGUAGUGACGGUUGGGCUCAUCGUGUACGUCCUCCUUCUACCCUGCUUCAAUGGGAGAUACAUCCUAUUGACCACUCUGUCAACGCUAUACGCCUACUUCAUCGAAGGCGACACCAUCUUCGUGGGGAAGCGGAAGACCUUCUCUAAACGCAUAAUAACCGAACGCAUCACACUCUCCUCCACCACCCUCCCCGCACGCGCACCCUCCUCCCCCUCCCCACAAUACUCUGUCUCAAUCCAAUACGUCCGCUCCACCAACGGUGGUAAGAGCCUCCUGGGCCGCGGACGGACGAAGGCAAGCAGUCCCUAUGCCAAGUUCUUUGAUGAGAAGGGCGUGUUGGAUCAGGAGGCGUUGGAGAGGAGAGAGGGGUUUGGAACAGGGGGAAGGAAGAAGGAAGGGGGUGGUCGCGUGAUGGACACAGGGUCGCGUGCGCUGCCGCUUCGAGACGCGGUACACAGGAGGACGAGGGCGGCCCGAGUUUUCGGCUUUGGAUGGACUGCAUCUUCUAACGACCUGACCUGAACUGUGUUCAAGUUUUACAUACUGCAUCUUUCGUGUUUCAUUACUUUUGUACGAGUAGGCUACUGCGUGCAUUUUUUCAGGCUAGGUAUUUACCCUUUACGUUUGCCCUUUGCCCUUGCCCUGUUCAUUACGCGCACCUGGUACCGUACCAUUUACACCCUUAGCCUUCCUUCCCUUCAGCCCUUACCACCUUUUUCUAAGUUCUCAUUUACGAUGAUGAUGAUGAUACCUACAUAGUUCUUCUACUUUCUUAUUUCCAUUUUUUUCCUUCCACGUUGCACUUUCGACCUUCAAAAGUUCCUAGUCCGCUCAUUUUGCAGUUUUGCAUGGUCUCUGAGAUGUGUAUGUACAUGCACCUUUGACUUUGGCUCGCUCGCUC